AUGACUCAUGAACAUUGUGAUAAAUGUUUUCUAAUAAAUUGUCUUCAUUCAUCUUCUUGUCCAGUAAUAUCUUGUCCACAUGGAUGUUUUGCUCGUAUGCAUGAAUGUAAACGUAAUGAUCAUGAAUAUAUUUGUCCAAAUAUUUUUACAUCUUGUUUAAAUGCUAAUUAUGGAUGUCCAAUGACAAUUCGACGUUGUAAUCUUACUAAACAUUUACGUGUAUGUCCUGCUUCUAUUACUGUUUGUACAUUUAUAUAUAAUCAUGAUUAUCAUUUUGAUAAACUUGACAAUACAAUAAAUGAUAAUCUUAUUCAAACAAUUGCUCUUCGUGAUAAUAUAUGGUAUGAACAUAUAACAGAAUUUGAAAAAAAACAAAAAGAAUUAUAUCCGGAAAUAUAUAAAACGACAAAAAACAAUAAACAAGGAGAAAAUUUAAUUCGAAGUGAAAUAUAUCGUUAUAUAACAAUGCCUGAAUGUAUGUUAAAUAGAGGAGAUGGUGCUAUAUGUAGUACAUGUCGGAAUCAUCUUAGGCAUUUAGAAGACGAAGAAGAAGAGCGUCUUUCAGGAUUGACUCCAGAAGAACAAGAACAAAUGGCUGAAUUUAACUUAAAUUAUAAUACUUCAUCUGAACAAAGAACAACUCCAUCCUUAGUAAAAAUGUCUUCAACUUUAAUUAAUUCAUCUGAUAUCUCUCAACCACCUCCUGCUUCUCCUCCAGUACAUUCAACUAGUGAAUCUUCUUCAGACUACUAUUCUCCUAUGCCGCUUAUAUCAGAUACUGAAUUACCUACUUCACAUAUUUAUCGAUUAAAUUAUUUUUCUUCAAAUCAAUAUCCAAAAACUAUUUUAACAUUUAAUAAAUCACCUCGUUUUUAUUGUCAUGCACUAUGUCGUCGAGAUGAAAUGGAACAACAUUGGCUUACACAUUUUCGUUUUGAUUGUAUACUUAAUACAUCAUUAAUACAACAAUGUCCGAAAUCUCAAUAUGGAUGUACAUUUCAAUAUGAACGUCUUGAACCUUGUCGAAUUGAUGGAGAAUCAAUUCGUAUGCGUUUUGAUCAAACAAAUGAUGCUGUUGCUUUUGAAUGGCAUCCAACAAUAACUAUAGAUCCAAAUAAAAUAUUUAGUUUACUUGAUUUACCAUCAGAAAUUCUUGAAAAAAUUCUUUUAGAAUUGGAUAGUUUAUCAUUAAGAAAUAUUUCACUUGUUUCUCGUCGUCUACGAGCUUUAUGUGAAGAUUUAUUACCUUCUCGAGGUAUUGUAAUUACUGAAUAUGAACGUCAUCCACUUAUACAUGGUGAUAUAACUUGGAUUGAACGAAAAAAACAUUGGUUAUUUACAAAUACUUCAUCUGCUGUUCCGAAAUGGCAAUUAAAAAUACCAAAUAAAUUAACAUCAAUGAAUCAACAUAUGAUAACUUGUCCGUAUGGUGAAAAGAAAGAUCUAGAGAAUGAACCACGAUUUGAAUUAAUUGGAUGGGCUAAUCGAAAUGUGACUGAUAAUUCUACUGAAUAA